UCAGCUCUCACACAGCUGUGCUGUCGGCAACAAAGGCAGAGCCUUUUUUCUCUUUGUGCAUCUCCAACAUGGAUACUUUUCAGGGCAUUUUAAAAUUUUUCCUUAACAAGAAAACUUUCAUUGGUUACAGCUUCCUGGCCCUGCUGACCGUGGGAGGUGAGCUUCUCUUUUCCGUGGUGGCUUUCAAAUGCCCCUGCAGCACUGAGAACACAGCCUAUGGGCUGGUUUUCCUCUUUGCUCCAGCCUGGAUACUGCUGAUCCUGGGAUUCUUCCUGAACAGCAGAUCCUGGAGACUCUUCACAGGCUGUUGUGUGAAUCCCAGGAAAAUCCUCCCCAGAGGCAACGGCUGCCGCUUCUUCCAAGUCCUCGGCCAGAUCACGCUGAGUUCACUGGUGGCUCCGGUGAUGUGGCUUUCUGUGGCUCUGCUCAGUGGAACUUUCUAUGAAUGUGCCAUGAGUGGGACAAACAGUUCGAGACUCCUGGAGUGGAUCUGCAAGGGCAAACCAAAGCAGUGCUGGGGAGAACUCCACAAGGUAUCUUGUGGCAAGACCAGCAUGCCACCCGUGGACACGGAGGAGCUGAGACUGUCCCUGCAGGCCCAGUCUCAGAUCCUAGGAUGGUGCCUGAUGUGCUCAGCGUCUUUCAUCUCUCUGCUCACCGCUUGCUAUGCUCGCUGCCAAUCUAAAGUCAGCCACCUUCAGCUGAGUUUCUGGAAGAUAUAUGCACAAAAGGAGAAGGAGCAGCUGGAAAAUAUGUUUCUGGACUAUGCCAGCAAGCUGAGUGAGAGGAACCUGAAGUGCUUCCUUGAAAACAAACGGCCAGGUGUAUUUCCCAUGCCCACGUUUGCUGCCUGGGAGGCGGCUUCAGAGCUGCAUUCCUUCCACCAGAGCCAGCAGCACUACAGCACCCUCCACAAGGUGGUGGAGGAAGGUCUGGACCUUGGCCCCGAGGACAACGAGACAACGAUGGUCCUUGUGGGGACCGCCCAUGAUGUGUAGCUCUCC